AUGGACCGCGAUAGGGAUCAUGACCGUGAACGUGAACGUCAGCGCGAACGGAAUCGGGACCACGACCGGGAUCGAGACCGUGGCCGAGAACGAGACAAGGAGAAGGAGAGAGGUCGCACCGACGCCGGCCGCCGUUCGUCACUCUCGCCACCUGUACCCAAGACCAACGGGCAUAAAGCCCACACAAAUCGGAACCGCGACCGGUCGCGGUCUCCCGACGACGGUAGUGGGCCAGUAUCGGCGCUGCCGCCUAUCCUUUCCCCACUCCAUUUCAACCCCGAACGCGGUUCUAGCUCGACGAAACAGCCCCGUUCCAGCGAGUCUAAAGGCCCUGGCAUAGCAGACUCCAGCAAAAGAGAUGAGUCGCCGUUACGCAUACCACCUCUUCUUUCCCCCACACUGCCUGCCAUAGUUGAGCAGGAACUGUCUCGUUUGAAGAAUGUACCGAAGGACAGCGAGCCAAAAUCAAAGUCGAGCCACGAGUCAGGCCAUGCACCAUCUGCAGGAAAGAAACCUUUCCGGCCUGUCACGGAUACCGACAUGGGUGACGCCCCUCUCAAAGAGGUGUCGCACAAGGAAAGCCACCAGACAAAGGACGAUUCGCACAAAGAGGCAAAGGAGUCCUCUUCACAGUCUUCGUCCUCUAAGCGGUCUCUUAUCGUUGUCUUGAAAUACAAGAAAAAGAACGUUAAGAGGGUGCUCCGCUUACUUGCCCUUCAACAGACACCGUUGAAGGCGCCACUGAAACAGACCGAGCGGUCUGUCAGUCUCGAAAACACACCAUCUCCGGCUCAAAUCACAAAGAAGCGGCCUGCGCCGUCUGACAAUUCCACAAACGAGCCACUGCCACCCUUAUCAGCUACGUCGUCUUCCUUCAAACACCCAAAGACAGUCGCAGAAAAGAGUGUCUCUGCCUCGCGGACGCCUGUCGGACCCGCCACGCCCGUUAAAUCCACGCCCAUGGCUCGUGUGACAUCCAAUACCUCGCAGGUUCUCACCCCCGGUGACUCGAGCUACACGCCGCGUUCGAGCGAGCGGCCGCCGACGAGCCAGAGCGACCAUACGAGCAACGUCACCGUUUCUGACUAUCGCCGCCGUUAUGAUACGUACGUCAAGCUGGGGACGAAGCUAAAGCACGACCGCGACGCCAUUGUGAAGAGCAGGAUGCCAAAUGGGUCGACAAAGCCCGACGGCUCGUCUAAUCCAACGCUCAACUUGACGCUGGCCGAAAAGAAGCUCGUCGCUGUGCUUAGUCUAGAAAUGGUUAUGUCGUAUCUCAUUGCCUUCAAGUCUCUCAACCAGGGACGGUAUCUGGAGCGGAAGCCAGGCGACGUGACGGUGUGGGAGCGGCUCAUGCCGCACUUUGCCGAAUUGCGGAGCCAUGCCCGUCAUUUCCGCCCUCUGGAAGCCAUGACUGUACAGCUGCGCGCGAUUUGCUUUGAGCAGAUGAUGGCGUCGUUUGUUGGCCACGACGCCGAGUCCGUUGCGUCCAAGCUGAUGGUGGCCACCAAGCAACGAAUCGACGCGUGGACUGAGGUGGCCAACUGCGUGGAUGCGGUUAACGACAGCGCCCUCAAAGUAGUCGUGGGUCCGUGGCUGAGUGUCGAAGAUACGGUCCGUACCAUGCUGCCGACCGUUCGGCGCUGGAACGAGCGAGAAAAUGCAGGCUGGGAACAGGAACUCCAGCCCCCGAAAUAG